CGCGGGAGGCUCGCGGGCCGCACGUCACUCCUGCACGGCGAGUGCUGGAGCACGAGCUGCCGCUCGCUCGGUCAGGGCGCCCCCUCCGCCCGCCUCCCGCUUCCUCCUCCGCUCGCUGCCCGCCGCCGCCGCCGCCUCCGCCGCCACCAUUGUAUAAUGUUCCGAGCGCGCAGGCAGAGGACGGCGGAGGCUUAGCUUCAGUCUCGCCUGCCGCCCGCUCCCCGGCGCCACCCUCGGCCCCCGGAGCCGGGCGCCCCGCAUGGAGCGGGACUAGCUGGAGGAGUGGGCUGCCCCUCCCGAUGCGCUAGUUCCCAGCGGGAGCUGCAUGUGAUAUAUGUUGGGUAAAGGAGGAAAACGGAAGUUUGAUGAGCAUGAAGAUGGGCUGGAAGGCAAAAUCCUGUCUCCCUCCGACGGUCCGUCCAAGGUGUCUUACACCUUACAGCGCCAGACUAUCUUCAACAUUUCCCUUAUGAAGCUCUACAACCAGAGGCCCCUCACCGAGCCCAGCCUGCAGAAGACCGUCUUAAUCAACAACAUGCUGCGGCGGAUCCAGGAGGAGCUCAAGCAGGAGGGCAGCCUGCGGCCCGCCUUCACCCCGUCCUCCCAGCCCGGCGCCUCCUCGCUGAGCGGCGGCUACCGGGAGGCCCCGCCCGCCUUCAGCGCCCCCGCGCCCCCGCCCGCGCACCCCGGGGACCUGGCCAGCACUACACCCCUGGAGGCCUGCCUCACCCCGGCCUCGCUGCUCGAGGACGACGACGACACUUUUUGCACUUCCCCGGCCGCCCCGCCGCCCGCGGCCCCCCCCAGACUCCCCUCCCCGGCCCUCCCGCCCGAGAAGGACAGCUUCUCCUCCGCCUUGGACGAGAUCGAGGAGCUCUGUCCCACAUCUACCUCCGCCGCCGGCGCCGCCACUGGCAGCUCCAAAGGGGGCGCCAGCGAGGCCAGCGCCCCGAAACCCGAGGGGCUCCCCGACGGCCGCCCCGACGACCCCAAACUGAUGGACUCUCUGCCCGGGAAUUUCGAGGUCACCACGUCCACGGGGUUUCUGACGGACCUGACCCUGGACGACAUCCUGUUCGCCGACAUUGACACGUCCAUGUAUGAUUUCGACCCCUGCACCUCCGCCUCGGGCACAGCCGCGAAGAUGGCCCCCGUGUCGGCGGACGACCUCCUCAAGACCCUCGCCCCCUACAGCAGCCAGCCCGUCGCCCCGAGUCAGCCUUUCAAAAUGGACCUCACGGAGCUGGACCACAUCAUGGAGGUGCUCGUGGGGUCCUAAUCCCGGGGACACCGCCCCCCCUCCCCGCCCCGGCGACCCGUGCCGCCCGCCCGGACCCUGCGAGUGUCCCCGCGCCCCGACAGCGCUCCGCACUGUGCAUGCACCCUUGCUUGCCUUUUUCAGAGAAAAAGAACGUUUUACAAAAGGAUCACACUAGUUUUUGCUUUGAGCAGAGUUGGAGUGCCUUCAUCCAAGUAUGACCACUUUCAAUACACGUUUUUGAGUGGUUCCUCAGAGACCUACUACCCUGGAAAGAAUAGGAAAGAAUACAUUUGAAGACAAUGUUGCUGUGUCGAAUGGCAAAAAUUAACAGUUCAAGUGAAGCACAAGGAAUAAGAUGGGAAAGCUGUAAAUUGCAUGUGCAUAUUUGUCUAUUUUUUCUAUAAGUUUUAUUGCAAGAGGUAAAACAAAGAAAAAGUAUAUAUAUAUAUAUAUAUUAUUUAGAUAAUCUCAGUACCUUUUCCGGCAUUUUCGCCCUGUAUAGGUUGACUUGGCAAUUCAGCCUUUUUAGAGGCAUUAACUCCUCGUAAGUGUUGCAUUUACAUGGCUGUUUAGAAACUGCUGCCCAAAUUUAUUUUAUAUUUUUGUACAGAUUCUGCAGUUUAUGAUAUUGUUUUUCUAAAAACAAAUGCUGUUUAUACAUAUGAGAUAGCUAUUUUGAUAGGAUUUGCUCACAUAGUUCCUGCAAACUUCAGAUGUACAAGUUGCACUUGUACUUUUAUAGCGUUGUAAUGUUUUAUAUGUGUUUGGUGCAAAGAGAAAAUUGGAUCAAAUCAAUCCGCAGUUGACGUCCCCCAAAUGCAGACACACACACACACACACACACACACACACACACACACACACACAGCGCUUUAAGAAAGGGCCAGGCGAUAUCACACCCAAAUUUCACAAGCGCCGGCCUCCUGGCAUGAACACCCGCCAGCACUGUGACUUCCAAAGCCAGAGCCACAUCUGCUCAUCAAACUUGCAUUAAGCAGUUGGCGGGAGGUGGCCAUGGAGCUCGGGGUUUAAGUGAUGGUUCUCUUUAGCUCCCUCUCUUGAGGGGGAAGACUACCGAAUACUCACUGUAUUUAUGCCAAGUUUGCGCUUUUAAUUGUUUUUAUUUUUUUAAAAAAACACACAAAUCUUUCCUUUUUGGCAUAAUUUUUAUGAUGACCUGAAAUUUUACAUGUGAACAAAAUUUUAUGAAAAGCAACCAACCUCUUCUUGGAACUAAACCCUUUUGCAAUGCUUAGGGCUCCUAGAGAAAAAAAUCUCCCCCAGAAGGCAUCCAUCAUGUUGCCCAAUUGUCUUUUCCACCUUCCCUUCCCUCUGUUGCUAAAUGCUGAAAAUGGUAUCUUCAUGAUCACCACCGUGAGCUCGGCCCACCUCGGCCCAGCCCAGGAUGCACUCUUGAAACAGCCGUGGCCCUUGAACCAGGAGUUGGUCCCAUUAUGUCACAGCUUCCAAUCUGGUUGCUUUCUUGAAUCAACUGCUUUAACUACACUUCACAAGGCUGUUUUACCCAAAUACACAGGACUUUCUAUGCAUGUUCCUCCUCCUCCUCCUCCCCUUGCCACCCUCACCCCCUACCCCCUACCCCCAAACCAGGACACUUGAGAAGUAGCUUUUUAUUCCUAACGGUGUACAUUUAAUUUUGAAAUGUUUGCAAUGUAUCAUGCUUGUUGCCGACAUUGUUUAUGGCCUUUUCCUUUCAGUUGUUUCUUUCUUCCAAUGGUACUGUCGCUGGUUACAUCCUAUAUUUUUGAAAUGCAGGUGGCUUCUUUAGGAAUAACUUUUAUAUUUAUUUAAGAAUUUUUAAAUUAUGGGAUUUGUGUUGUUGUUGUUGUUGUCUUUGUUGUUAGUCAUUUGUCAAUAUUCAGUCACCAAUUCUGCUCACUUCUUGCCAUGGAUAAAAUUGAGUCUUUCUGGCCAAUUUAAAAAAAAGACAGCUUUAUAAGAUGGCACUUUAAACAAGCCAUAGAUAGUUUUAUUUUUAUAAUGCACAUGGCAAAACAAAUACAUUUGUGAUGAAGGAACUGCUCAUCUAAUCAAAAGAUUCAUCGUGCAUGGUAUGAUUAAAUCUACAUUCUAAUUUAUUUCCCCGCCCCUCCCCCACUUGAAUGUGUUUUUAAAGGCUAAUUAUCAACUCAGGAGAGCAGUGGGGAAACAGAUCAAAUUGCUCUUGUUCUCCUCCAAGCAACCUCCACCAGGACACCUUGUACUGCUGCAGAUGUGUCAUUUCCUGUGAUGGGACCAGGGACCAUAUACAGGUGAGGGGAGGGUUGUUGUAAAUGCUUCCAGUGUUGCUGUGCCUGUCCGUUUUAAGAGCUUCCUUUUUCUGUGGAGAACAAGCCAGCCCAGAUGCCACGCUUUUGAUAACUGGAGGACCUGGUACACUCACCACAUGCUGCACACUUAUCCAUAUGUAUACAUACACAAUAGUGUUGAUUAUUCCGAACAAUAACAGGGUAAGGCGGUUGAUUUGCCGUUGUUAAAAGCUGAUUUACAGUAACUUAGAACAACUGUACUUUGGUUGGAUUAGCAAAUCGUGUGUUUAAACAAAUCCCAUAUGUUGGGCAACAGUUCAAAUAAGCACGGCGAAGUGUUGCCCAGACGUGGUCUCGGACUCUAGUAUUUGUAAGGCUGGUCUUGAAAAUCAAAACAAACAACAACAACAAAAACGCCCCAACAUCAGGCAAUCGCUUGUCAGCUCUGGACACCCUUGCCGUAAACGCUCGAUAUUCACGGUCUUCUGAGGAAGACCCAGGAAACGAGUGGCAAGGUUUAAAAAGAACAAAACCAUCAAGUGUUCCCAAAGCGAUGUCCCAGCAGGGAAGACUGUGAGCCGCGUGCGAUCUGCACGUCCCAGUCUGAGCGCGGCCUGGGGCGCGCCUCCCCUGUGCAGAGGACAUAGCGUGGCCUUCAGAGUCAGGCAGGCAGUUCGAGGUGCCUUCAUGAGAAAGACGUGCUGGGUGUGACUGGGAGAGGACACCCAUGGACAGUGAUGUGCAAUGAAGUGACAAGAUGAGAGCAGAAUAUUAAGAGCUUUGAAUUUGAAGUGAUUUUUUUUCCAUAAGUUAUUUAUUCCUCUUUUUUUUCUGUGUAAAUAUAUUUAUUUUACUGUGGAGCUCUAACAACAUCUGGAUCGUAACAUGUGCAGAAUGUAUGGUAGGAAUGUAUUCUCUGGUAGGCAUGUCAAUCUGUAUUAACAGGGGGUCCGAGCCAGACCCCCGGGUCGUCUCAUCAUAUGCCCAGUCCACAUUCAUUUGUACUCUCCUCUCCAAUGUGGGUCUAUUUGAAAUAUGCAAAAGGAAUGGGUGAGGGAUGUUUCAAUACCUCCAAAUUUUUAAAGAAAAUCAAGCAUCAAAGGGUUGAUCUUUUUAAAUGUUUUUUAGUAGCACUUUCUCUCUCCGACAGAAGGGGCAACCACACUGACACCCUUGUUCACACCACAAGGUGAGAGCUAGCCAGGGCCUCCUCUACACCUCGAGUGUCUUUAUCAAUUGAGCUUUUUAUUGCCAUAGCCCCUUGGCGCGUCCCAACUGCCCUGAGGUCAAUCAAGGAAAAUUUCUUACAUAAAUAAGCUCCAAAGAGCCAAAGUAUCAACUUACGGAUCGUUUUUAAAGCUUAAAUUUAUUAACCACCUUCGUGGUAAACAAUGAAUUAUGAAUACCGCUGGGCAGCCUUCUUAAGUGACAGAUGUUUAAAAAAAAAAAAAAAGACUCUACCUAGUGUAGCGAUUGAUAUUUUCCAUGAAUUGUCUUAAUUUAAAAACCUUGCUGUUCCAAAUUGGGCCUUCCUACAUUUUAUGAAAAUACCGAAAAGAGCAUAUUGAACCUAUUCUGGCUGUAAAUGGUUAACUUCCUGUAAUUGCCGGCGAACAGCGAGGUGUAAGUUCCUGCUUGUGUACCGUUGUCUUCAGUGCUUCUAAGAAUGAGUCUAAAUGUUUCUUGAAAAUUAGCCAGGAUCAAAUGCUAUUGCAGACAAAGCCAAUAAAAAUCUUGGACAUCUUUUGGGGAUAAUAAGUUUGGAAGAGAAGUGCAGUCCAUGCAAGCAAACAACCAAGAUUUUGGAAAUGAUGUACAUAGUGACAUUUGGUGCAUAGUUUUUAAGGAGGAUUUUGUCUAAAGAGGAAGUGUAACCUUUCCCCCACAGACCUGAGAGCUGUGCCUUUUCUAUGCAAUAUUACAGACGUUACAUUGGAACCCCGAUGGCUGUAUUCACAUGUAGGUUUGGGCUGUAAUCGAAACAACUGGACAGAUGAAAUGUACAUGGAAAUGAGCAGUCUUACUUUUGUAGUUUUAUAUUAUACAAUAAACAGUUAAAAGGUGA